AUGAAGAUACACUAUAUUGCCCAUAUUUUCAUACUAUCUUUUGCAAUAGCAACUCUGUUCGAGUCUGGUUACUACCGACAAGCUUUAAGAUAUCUAGCGGAAAUUCCUGACGAUUCAUACCGAGGAUCGCCGUUGUACAAUAACGACAAUAUCGACGACAACUUAUAUAUACCCAAUUAUAACUCCACACUCAAGGAUUACGAUGGCAGGCAAAUACGGCACGUACCAGAGAUUAUUACCAAGAAAGUUUUGCCACUAUUAGAGACUGCAGCUGCGGAAAAUGACCAAAUGGCCAUGAUAACAUUGGCUGACAUCUAUACGUUUGGCAAUUACUCUGUAACUGUAGAUUAUCCCAAGGCAUUGCAGUACUAUCAUAAGGCUGUAGAAAAUACCGGAAACGGUCAUGCGUAUUUCAUGCUUGGAUUUAUGUAUUCAACGGGUAUGUUCGGAGAAAUAGAUGCUGACGAUUCUAAAGCUAUAAUGUACUAUCAGUUUGGCAUGGAAAACGGCGACCUGAACUCUAUCAUGGCUUUAGCGUAUCGUCAUUACUACGGAAUAGGGACUCCGGAGAAUUGCGAACUUGCAAUGCACUAUUACUCGCGAUUGGCUCAUUUUGGCUAUGAUAUGAUACAGAAGAACAUAGGUGAUGUAGACAAAGGUUUGCGCUACAACAUCAAGAUCGUAGAUUUCAACGGUGGGCUCUAUGGGAACAAACUCAGCGAAUCGGCCAAUUCUAUUUUCUCCCGGACGAGAAGGCACAAUAAAGACAAGGAAGAGUUUCUUGAAUUCUUCGAUAUCGACGAUCACCAGUACAUCAACUUCUAUCAGAAUGCUAUAACCCAUUACUCUGGUGAUUAUUUUCUUCCAAAAAACUAUACAAGGGCAUUCGAGUACAUUCAAGACUGUGUAGGUUUGGGUGAACAGAUGUACGGCUCCCUGAAUUAUCAUAGAAUAAAUGAGAUAGACAGCACCUUUCUCAGUCACUGUCAAGCUCUUUUGGGCCACAUGUAUCUAACUGGUGAAGGAGUACCGAAGAAUUAUGAUAAAGCAAUGAAAUGGUUACGUAAUUCCAUUGUAGUAGCACGAAACUCAGAAGCCUUGAUUGACCUAGGCGAAGUGUACGAGAAUGGAUUAGGUAACGAAUCUAUCAACACUUCCAUGGCUUUGAGUAUCUACCGGGAAGCAGGUGAAACUUCAGCAUUAGGAAAAUUAAAGCAGGCCAAGUUGCUAAUGCUGAUGAGUCCAGAAAAUGACCCUAGGAAAGGGAAGUUCGCCAAGGACAUAUACUCCAGUAUCAAAAAGGCUACUUUCAGUGGAAGCACCGAAGGUUUAUACUACUUCACCGAGUUCUUACAAUCUGGACUAGCCUCGCAAAUAGAACCUGAGAGAGCCGUCACUUGUCCAGGAACCACUAUUUGCUAUAAGGUCUUCGUUGAAAAAUUGGAGCAUAUAUUCUUGCCUCAGUUAUCUUAUGCUUUCGAAGAGUUGAUAUAUGGAAACUUUAAGAAUGCCCUCCUCGGCUACCUGAUGGCAGCUGAACAAGGAUUGGAAAACGCACAAAUAUCAACUGCCUACUUGCUCUACCAAUUACAACCAAUUCUAUCUACUCGAGCUGAAAAAUCAUUUGAUCAUGAAAGAGUUUCUGCUUCUGUCCGAUACCUUGAAAGAGCUUCUCAACAAGAUAACGUAGAUGCUACCCUUCUCUUGGGGGAUAUGUUCUUGAACGGAUUACACAACACGUUAGAGAAAGAUAAUGAUAGAGCUUUCAAUUACUAUAUGAGGGCAGCUGUAUCCUUAAAAUCAUCGUAUGGUGCCUAUAAAGUAGGUAAUAUGUAUGAGUAUGGAUUGGGUCCAGUCAAUGAUUCGGUUGAUUACUUCAUGGCCAAACGUUACUACGACUUGAGUAUUGAUAUUAAGAAGAAUUUGGAAGAUAAGACUAGCAAGCUGAGUAACAAGACCCCAAUUAAUUGGGCCCUCUUGAGAUUGAGAUUGAAGUAUGUGUUUAACCGAAAGCAAUUCAAGAAUCAAGAGGAAUCUUCUGGGUCUUCAGGUUGGUUCAAUGCAUUUAAGAAAAUCAGCAAUGCAGGUAAACAGGCAAAUGAAGGUACUGAUAGAGCGAGUGACCGAGCAAGAGCUCAUCACGAAGGAGGUGAUUUCUUGAGGGAUGACGAAUUUGAAGAGUACGAUAUUGGUGAUUAUCUUGUGAUCUUCCUUACAUUCAUGUUCUUUGUCGUCUUCUUUAUUCAGAAUGUUAUCCGCCAGGCACGCAGAAUGCGACAAGGAAACAAUGUUCCAAAUGAAGAGCAACAGAAUCAAAAUGGCUGGAACUUUCGAUUCAAUUUCAAUGGAAUCGGUGCAGCAGCAAGGGCAGGAAACUUCGAAUUUCACUUUUUUGCAAUUUAG